AUGGCCGCCAUCAGCCCUCCCGUUGUCGCUCGCGACUCCUUCACCCAGCUCGCCAAGCGUGGCACCGACUGGCCCGCCAAGAACGCGGGUGUCAUGGUCGUCUUCUGCGUCGUCUUUGUCGUCGCCGUCGGUCUUCUGUCGCUCUUCAUCUACAAGAAGGCGCUCGCCCGCCGUGAGAAGAGCCAAUCGCAGGUCUAA